AUGGGCGCUCAGGGCCCCGGCUGCGCUCCGCCUAUGCCCGAGGGAGGCUCAGAGGACCGAGGGCCGCGGUCCGCGGCGGGCCCGAAUCAGACACCUCCGGGGCCACGUGGCCCUGAGCCACGAACGGGAGUGGGCAGGGGGGGGGCGCCGACAGGGGGCGGGCCUGGAGAGGCCCAGGGCGGGAGGUCGCCGAGACCUCCGCGCCCCUUACCCCAACCCCAAGCCCAGGCAUGCACGCCCGACCGGCCGCUCGGGGUCCCGGAAACACUCCGGGCCCCCGGGCCGGGCCAGGUUUGCUGGCCAGGGUUACUGGUGUGCGGGGACGGGGAGGAUUCGGCCGGGCUGCCGGCCCUGGCCGGCGCGCCCCGUGGAAAGGUGCGGCUGGCUGGCUCGACACGGCACAUCAGAGCGAAAAGGAGGCGCAGCGCAGGGUUUUUUAAAGGUGCCUGGCGGCAACCGCCUCCAUCUAAGAUCAUACCACCCUGA